AUGGUUAAAAAUAUCAAAAAGGGAAAGAGAGAAAAAAUUGGUAAAAUAUCAGGCUUGACAUUAGACAUAAAUAAAGCAAAGAAAUUUUUACCCGGACAACAUGUUAAUACACCUCAAGGGCCUGUGUUUGUACCAGGUCAAACUGUAGAAACACCUGUUGGUCCUGUUUUUGUUCCUGGACUAAGUGUGAAUACUCCUGCUGGACCGGGACUUAUUCCUGGACAUUUAAUAUACAACGAAAGUACCAAUGAACCAUUUUUCCUCGCAGGACAAGUAUUGCAAACAACAAACGGAGAAGAAUUUGUUUGUGGGCAGACUAUUAAAACAAAGGAAGAGACUUAUCGCUUCACCGAGGGACAAACUGUGUUAUCAGAGGAAGGUUUUAAAUUUGUACCAGGAAAAGUUAUAAGUAACGGAUCGGAAGAAGUAUUUGUUCCAGGACAAACAAUAAUGACUCCUGAAGGCGCACAAUUUGUACCCGGCCAAACAAUGGCUGAGAAAGGUCACAUUAUUUUUAUACCCGGUCAAAACGCGAAAAUAAAUAACGAGUGGCAGUUUAUUCCCGGUCAAACUGUUCAUCAAGAUGAUGAAUUGCAUUUCAUUCCUGGAGCUACAUUAGCUACGCCCAAUGGACUUAAAUUUGUCCCAGGUCAAACGGUAACUUCAAACGGUGAAACAAUUUUUGUGCCCGGUGUAUCUAAAAUGAAAGAAAACGAGUUAAUAUUUAUACCCGGAGCAACAGUUGAUACAGUUGAUGGACCGAAAUUCGUUGAAGGACAAAUUGUAACAUCAAAUCGUGGCGAUAAGUUUUUGCCUGGUAAAACAAUUGUUGAAACAAAUGGACAUGUAGAGUUCUCUGUUGCAAAGUCGAUAAAAGAUAUCAAUUUCACGGAAAACAUGGCCACCGGUUUACCAAUUGAUAUAAAAACUUCUUCAUUAUCAGAAGAAUCCCUAUAUGUCUUUGGUCAUAUGGUUCAAACGACUAAAGGAAUAGAAUUCUAUCCGGGACCCAGAAUACCAAAAUUAGAUGGUAAAGUUGUUCCUGGACGUCUCGUCAAAAACGAAGCCAAUCAAUCUCGCUUUGUGCCAGGAAUGAUGGUAGAAGGUGUAUUCGUACCAGGUCAAAUAGUAUUUACAGAAAAUGGAGAACAAUUUGUGCCUGGUCAAGUUGUCGACACAGCAGAAGGUCCGAAAUUUGUACCCGGACAAGUUGUCAAUACAAAGAGUGGGCCAAAAUUUGUUCCAGGUCAAACUAUACAUACAAUUGACGGACCAAGGUUUGUGCCAGGACAAAUUAUUGAUACAAAAGCUGGACCAACAUUUAUACCAGGUCAAGUUAUAUCAACUGAAGAUGAAGGGUCAAGAUUUGUUCCUGGACAAGUAGUAGACACCGAAGAAGGACCUAGGUUUGUACCAGGCAGAGUUGUGGAAACGGAUGAUCAAGGAGUAACUUUUAUACCAGGUCAAAUUGUCCAGACACCAGAAGGUCUUAAGUUCGUCGCCCCUGACCUUAUUGAAGGUGAAGAGGGGCUUGAAUUCUCAGUUCAAAGUUUUGUUGUUACACCGGAAGAAUUGAAAUUGUUAAAAGUCAAAACAAAUCCAAACGAUACUUCAUCGACUAAAGGUGAAUUAACAAUUGACACUAAAAUGCUCAGACAAUUAUCUGAAGCAGGUAUGUCGAUUGGAAGACAAGUUCCUGCUGAUUUACCAGCAAUCAAUGUCAUAUUAAAUCAAACUAAGAAUGCAGAAACACUGAAAGCUUUCGUUACAGACUUCGGGUUGAAAGAUGAUGUCGCUAAUCAAUUAAUGGAUGUAAUUACAUCAAUUAUCGAAAUGAGUGUACACUUAAAGUCUGAAUUCAACAUUAAUCAAAAAGAAGAUGGACAACUUUUUGAAAUGAAAAAAGGAAGAGCUAAUAAGAAAAGAAUGGAUGAAUUAAAUAAUAUAGAAUAUAGUGAAAAUCAAGAACAAAACAUACGCCAAGAAAAAGUUAAAAAUUCAAUUGCAGCCGCAGUUCUCGCGGCUUUAGUUACAGCCGAACAGUUUGAAGAAGUUAAUAAUAAUAAUGGGAAAGAAAAAUAUCAUCAUAUUUUAAAAUCUAUUGACACAAUUUUGUGUAAAGCAAUCGAUGAAGACUUUAUAUCUGCUAUGUUUGAAAUACUUCAGAAAGAAGAAGACAAAGAAUUACUUCGUGAGGAAAUUUUAGAAAAUUCCACUAUUCCAAAAGUUGAAUUGAUAAAAAUUGCCAUCAACAAUGCUUUAGGUAAACAUUCCCUUACUGAAGAACAAAUAAUUGAUCAAUUUAGUGAAUAUUUGACAAAAGAAAAUGAGGUUUUAGGCCCUGCGUUUAAAAACAUUUCUAAAAAUUAUCCUAGCUUACUUCAUCAAAUAAUGAAUAAUAUUUCUGAUUCGAUUUCAUUUGUAAACAUUGACAAUGAAGUAACAGAAGCUUUGCAAAAAGCUAUAGUAGCAGCAGUUCAAGAAGAAAGUAGUAAAACUCUGGAAAAUAUUUUAGAUGGUUCGGAUAAAGAAUUGCUAAAGGAAACAGUUAUUCAGUCAGCAGGUCUAGCAAGAGUACUUGGGCUGAGUGACGUCGCAAAAAAAAUAUUGUCAGUAUUAGACAAUGAGCAAAGUAUUCAUAAAAUUGUAAAUGAUGAUGUGACCAUGAACAUAUUCAAAAGGUGGACAGUUAUGAGAAAACUAGCCGAAGAAAACCCUAACUUACACUCGGCACUGCGCAAAUUAGAGUCAGAUCCAGAGCUUGCUCGCACAGAUCCCAAACUUAGAGAUUUGGUACGAGAGAGCGCUGCUCUAAUGAUCGUUCCAGAAGAACCACCGCUAUUGACGUCAGAAGAUGUUCCAUUGAGCUUACUUCAACCUGAAAAUAGUCUUGCAAUGGAAGAUUAUCUGUUUAAACGUAAGAAGCAUCCUGGUGCUUUAUUAAUUAUGAAAAAAGGUUUGCAAGCGGUUGUUCCACGAGAGGCUAGUCGCGCGGUUUUAACUGGUCAAGUAGCAUAUACAGUGCUAGACGAAAAUGGUAUACGACAUUUUGAACCACUACACGUUUUCUCAGCACUUAAUUUAAGUCAACCCACAGCUCAUAGAUUUAGUAUGUACAGUUGUCCUAUAUUGGACGACAAUGACGAAGACCUUCAAAGUUUUACUGGAUAUUGUAACAUAAGCCACAGUCAAAGAAUAACAAAAUACGGUUCAAGGAACAAAAAAUACAGUGGUGUACUACUUGACAGAGAAAAUACUAGGACCAGAAUGAAUAGUUUAAAAAAUACUCCAGCGUAUGAGAGAUAUAAUUCUAGGUCCUUGUCCAGAUCUAGGUCUACUUGUAGCAGAAGUCCACCGAAGGUAGACGACAUAGUUGUGGCAACAGCCGAUUACACAGCAACGGCUGACGACGAGGUGUCCCUAAAAGCGGGAGAUAUUGUUGAAGUUCUCGAUACGAAACCUGCCCUCGGAUCAAAGUACAGAGGACGUGUGUAUAGAUACGAGAAUCAUUUCUUCCAGUCCAGGGGUUCCUCACUGGACUAUGUGUUUAGUGUACCCACCUACAAAAUGUACUAUUACUGAUCAUUAUAAUUAUAUAAGAAGAUUAAUGAAACGAACCGAAGACGGAUGAAGAGCCAUACUAUCAUUGUAUAUAUCUCGCUUUCUGGCAAGAAAAUGUUCAAUCAAUGUCGUGUUUACCAUAUAAGUGUUGUGAUCAAUAUUUACUUUGUGAUAACUGUCAUUAUGUACAUCAUUAAGAUAUUAUAAUUUACAUGCUUUAUCAUUAUUAUUAGAAUACAUUGUAUCACAUAAUUGAUGUCACAAAGCAAUGUGCUUAAUAAAGACAAUUAAACUUCUGAAGUUUCUUUUCAGUUAAAUAUACUAGACGAAUUAAAUAUUAAGUAUAAAUUAAAUUUAUAUAACCUCCAAUAUAAAAUAAUGAUUGAAAGUUAUUGUAAUAUAACAAUUAUGAUUAGCAACAAACUCAAUUUACAUAAACUCAUUUGUAUUUAUAUUGUAUGAUGUUAUACAUAAACCCGAAUAUUUAAGUAUACAUUACACACAUAAUCGUAAUAAAGAAGAUAUAUUCUAUACGUUCUUUUAAAUUCUAUUCUCUUAGAAUACUAUAUAUUUAAAUAUAAUAUUAAAUUUUAAUACA